UCUGGUAACCGGAUCCAAGCAGCACCACGAUCAGCUCGUGGAGUCGAUUGAUCGGCGCGCAGCGAUGGACGUGGACGGAAUCUUCCGCUCGUUCGCCGCGCAGAAGAUGAAGGACAUUCGCGAAGAGAAGUCACAAAGUUCUCAUGCGGCUGGUGAUGAAGGUGCGCAGGACGUUGCCGUGUCACGCGUGGACGACAACGUGGUUGCUCAGAGUUGCGUGAGUCGCCCUUCUGCGAGGAAAGUGACAGGCAAAGAAGAAAGUGACAUGUCCCAGAGAGACGGUGAUGGACAGCAGUUGUCAUCAGACAAUGAAGGCAACAAUAAACCAAAACAACAUAAAAAGAGCAAGUCCAAAAAGCACAAACAGAAACAUCGUCACAAAAGUAAAAAAAAGAGAAAGAAGUCGAAUGGAAAGUCAUCUUCAGAGGAUGAAGAGAAAUUGGACAAAAGGUGUAGUCGAUCUCGAUCGUCUUCCAAAAUAAGGUUGGGUGAAGAAGUUGCAUCUCAUGCGAAGGAGAGAGGGGUUCUGCCAAGCUUAACAGUAGAUGAGCCCAUUGUGGUGGUAACAGAGGAGUCUAAAAUUAACAACAUUCCUUUGAGUAGUGUAACAAUAGUGAAUGAUAUUACAAAGGAAGAUUCGUCUAGUUCUGUUCAAAAUACUUCUGCAGAACCGGAGCCUUCCACAAGCAAGGCUGAUAAUGAGUGCAGUAAAAUAGUAUCUCUGGAUGUUUCUUUGCAGUUACAAUCAGACAUAGAAUUUGACAAAUCACUGCAAAGCAGAAGCGUUUUUUCUCCGAUCAGCGUGAAGCAAGCAGAGUGCUUUCAUGAGCAUGCCGAGUCAGCAUUAUGCGGUGCAGGUGCAACUCAGGAUAUCCUUGCAACAUUACUAGAGGCAAAAAUAGCAGAAGACAGUGUUCAUUUAGAGAAAAGUAAUUCUGUUGACCAUACCUCAAAUAGUGAAAGUGUGACAGCAAAAUCUUCAGAUGUAAAAACGAAAGAAGCAAUUGCUGAACAAACAAAAAUUGGGUUUCUUGAGACCGUUUUAACUGAUGAACUUGAAACGCCCAAAGUGAAGGAAGCAAUUGGCGCAAAGGAGAAGCUCCUAGGAUCUGACAUCUGUCCAGAACGUGAACGAAUUCCAAAUACAGACGUGACUGCUGAGAGAAAUAUGGAUGUUUCUGAACUUAAAGAAAACAAAACUGUUUCAGAAGAGCAAGUGAAAGAUGUACUUUUUACAUUGAAGAUGGAUGUGGAAAAAAAACGGUCUCAUUCUCCUGAGCACCAAAAAAAUUCUCCACGGCAAGCUGAGAGAGAUGCAAGUUCAUCACUAAGCACGUCAAACCAAAAACAAAAAUCUUGCUCUCCCUGUCACAGUGACAGGAGAAGGACCCGUUCUCGUUCACGUAGCAAUAGGAAACUAUUACGUGCGGAGUGUGGGGUUAAAAGGAAACCCCAUUCACGAGCAAACGAUGAGAGAGAGGCUUCUCCAAAUAGAAUGGAAGUAAAAAAACCGAGAAGCACUGUGUGUGUUUCAGGCAACGAAGAAAGUGACAUGUCCCAGAGAGACGGUGAUGGACAGCAGUUGUCAUCAGACAAUGAAAGCAACAAUAAACCAAAAAAACAUAAAGAGAGGAAGUACAAAAAGCACAAACAGAAACAUCAUCACAAAAGUAAAAAAAAGAGAAAGAAGUCGAAAGGAAAGUCAUCUUCAGAGGAUGAAGAGAAAUUGGACAAAAGGCGUAGUCGAUCUCGAUCGUCUUCCAAAAUAAGGUUUGGCGAAGAAGUUGCAUCUCAUGCGAAGGAGAGAGGGGUUCUACCCGGCUUAACAGUAGAUGAGCCCAUUGUGGUGGUAACAGAGGAGUCUAAAAUUAACAACAUUCCUUUGAGUAGUGUAACAAUAGUGAAUGAUAUUACAAAGGAAGAUUCGUCUAGUUCUGCAGAACCGAAGCCUUCCACAAGCAAGGCUGAUAAUGAGUGCAGUAAAAUAGUAUCUCUGGAUGUUUCUUUGCAGUUACAAUCAGACAUAGAAUUUGACAAAUCACUGCAAAGCAGAAGCGUUUUUUCUCCGAUCAGCGUGAAGCAAGCAGAGUGUUUUGAUGAGCAUGCCGAGUCAGCAUUAUGCGGUGCAGGUGCAACUCAGGAUAUCCUUGCAACAUUACCAGAGGCCAAAAUAGUAGAAGACAGUGUUUAUUUAGAGAAAAGUAAUUCUGUUGACCAUACCUCAAAUAGUGAAAGUGUGACAGCAAAAUCUUCAGAUGUAAAAACGAAAGAAGCAAUUGCUGAACAAACAAAAAUUGGGUUUCUUGAGACCGUUUUAACUGAUGAACUUGAAACGCCCAAAGUGAAGGAAGAAAUUGGCGCAAAGGAGAAGCUCUUAGGAUCUGACAUCUGUCCAGAACGUGAACGAAUUCCAAAUACAGACGUGACUGCUAAGACAAAUACGGAUGCUUCUGAACUUAAAGAAAACAAAACUGUUUCAGAAGAGCAAGCGAAAGAUGUACUUUUUAAAUUGAAGAUGGAUGUGGAAAAAAAACGGUCUCAUUCUCCUGAGCACCAAAAAAGUUCUCCACGGCAAGCUGAGAGAGAUGCAAGUUCAUCACCAAGCACGUCAAACCAAAAACAAAAAUCUUGUUCUCCCUCUCACAGUGACAGGAGAAGGACCCGUUCUCGUUCACGUAGCAAUAGGAAACUAUUACGUGCGGGGUGUGGGGUUAAAAGGAAACCCCAUUCACGAGCAAACGAUGAGAAAGAGGCUUUUCCAAAUAGAAUGGAAGUAAAAAAAACAGGAAGCACUGACAACAUCCAUUCUCGUGAAGAUGCUAGAAAGCAGUCUCGUUCGAAUUCACGCGAUGAAAGUCGGAGGAGAUCCCGCUCACAUUCCCGUGAUGACAGAAAUAAUAAGUCUCGCUCACAAUCUCGUAAUUGGAAGAGGAAAUCACGCUCACAUUCAGACGAUAGAAGUAAAAGAUCUCGCUCGCGGUCCCGUGGUGAUAGGAAGAGAAAGUCUCGCUCACGGUCUCACGAUGAUAGAAAGAAGAGGAGAUCUCGCUCACUUUCCCGUGACAGGAGGCGGAGGAGGUCCCGCUCACAAUCCCGUGAUGAUAAAAGAAAGAGGAGAUAUCGUUCACGAUCUUGCGAUGAUAGAAUAAAGAGGUCUCGUUCACGGUCCCGUGAUAAUAGGAGGAAGAAAUCUCGCUCGCGUUCUGUUGGUGAUAGAAAAAAGAGGUCUCGGUCACGUUCCCGUGAUGAUCGAAGGAGGAGCUCUCGUUCAUGUUCUCAAAACAACAGACGGAAGAGGUCUUUGUCUGAUGGAAGAAGAUCUCGUUCCUAUGACAAGAGAAGGAGAUCCCGGUCUCAUUCAUCUGAUGACCAAAGGAAGACCUCGUCCUCCUAUGUUCGUAAUGAGACUUGUCGCUCGCGUCAUGAAGAAAGAAGGAAAAAAUCUUCCUCCCGCGAAGACCGGAGGAUUAAGUCAUCUUCACGUGAUAAUAGACGGAAAAAAUCUUGCUCCAGAACUCGUGAUGAUAGAGGAAGAAAGGUAGCCUCUCCUCACGACAACAGAAGUAAAAGGUCCUCAUCACAUUCUCAUGACGAAAGCAGGAAGAGAUCACGAUCGCGCUCUCGUGAGACGAAAAAGAGAUCUCGCUCCCGCGAUGCCCAGUCGAAGCCAUCGUCACCGCCACGCUCGCGAGACGGGGAAAAGAAGGCUUCGCGUGCAGAUUUCAAGAAGUCGAGAUCACACUCUGCCGAUAGAAAGAAACCUGCCGGGAAUGUAUCCGAAGGCAGAUCCAAGUUGAGCCCUUUCUCACGCAAAGACAAAAACAAGUGUCGCUCCAGGUCGCCAAAUGUCGCUGGUCGAAGCGGCUCUCGUGAGAGGCGGCGGAGGUCCCGUUCAACUUCCCGGAAACGAAGAAAUAACAAAUCUCCACUGAAGCUGACCGAGUUAGACAAGGCUCAGCUGCUGGAGAUCGCCAAGGCGAACGCGUCGGUGGUGAACCCCAAGGUGAGCGUGAACGUGAUGAACUCCAUUGGCCCGGCUGCCGCACUCUUCCCGCUCAUCCUGCAGCGGCAGCAGGCGGCCGCGGCGGCGGUGGCGGCAACGACCGCGGCGCAGUUUCCAGUCACCACGACAACCUCGGUAACGGCGCCAGGGGCAGCUGGAAUGACGACGACGCCGGGAGUGACAGCGCGGCAGCCGGACGUUGCCGGGGUGGACAACAUCAAGGCGGAUAUGGCGGCUUCCACCAAGGGCUUCAAGAUGACCGCCAUCAACAAUUUCACACAGUUCUGCAAGCAGAUAACUGAGAGCAAGGACGACGAUGGGCCUGUGAACAAACCCGUGCGAUCGCAUGUCGAGGAUGCAGGAGUAGAGGAGGCAUUGAAGAAGGCUCCGUUCAUACACCACCCCUUUAAACUGAACGAGCCCAAGCCCAUCGCUUUCAGCUUAAAUAACCUAAUGGUGAAGCCGCUGCAGCUGAAGCCGCCACAGGCGACACUCUCCAAGGAGUUCCCCGUGUCGUCCGGCAACCAGCACCGGCAAAAGGAGCAGGAGAGCGUGUACGGGCAGUGGGUGCCCGUGGAGAAGACCGGCACCGAAGAGAUGGACGACAAAAACCAGGUCUUCCCCAAGCCGGUGGUGGGGAACAUAGUGGACCUGGGUGCUGUCAUCACGAAACGCGCUGUCGCCGUGCAGAGGCUGGCACAGAACCCCACUGACAUGGAGGCGAUGCUGCUCAUAGCCCGCUCACAGAGACAGAUUGAGUCUUGGGCUCAGGCCAGCACAGAGCCUGGCACCUUCACGGGGUCCACGGGGGUUCAGAUUCUGUCUCCCCAGGAGCUCGCCAACACGGGGCAACAGGCCUGGCUCAAGAAGGAUCAGUUCCUGAGGGCGGCGCCAGUGAACGGUGGCAUCGGAGCUCAGCUGAUGAGGAAGAUGGGCUGGAGCGAGGGCAAGGGCCUGGGCAAGAACAGCAGCGGCUCCGUGGAGCCCAUCAUUAUGGACUUCAAGACUGACCGCCGAGGCUUGCUGGCGGAUGGUGAGAAAGCUCAGAAGAAGUCUGGGCCCCUGACCAUCAUGAAAGACUUGUCUGGCAAGCACCCAGUGUCGGCCCUCAUGGAGAUCUGCACGAAGCGCAAGUGGAUGGCACCUGACUUCAUCGUCGUAAACGACAGUGGUCCCGACCACCGCAAAAACUUCCUUUUCAAGGUGAUCGUGAACGGCUGCGAGUACCAGCCCACCACGGCGAGCCCCAACAAAAAGCACGCCAAAGCGAUGGCGGCCACCGUGGUGCUGCAAUCCAUGGGGCUCGUCCCGCGAAACAAGCCUGGGAGCUAGACGCCUCACGGCCACGCACACCACCACCCGCACGGGGAGGGCUGCCUGCACCGUCGAUGCCAUUUAACUUCAGCCCUCGUCUCGGUUUUGUUAUUCUAGCGCAGGGGUUGGCAACGAAAAUAACAAAGGAGAGCCAUUUCUUUUCGAAUUUGGUAAAAAAAAAAAACGCUAUUUCAAGAGCCAGCAAUGCUCGUGGUGGCCCUUAAUUAAUGACGUCACGAAGCGGUCCUUGAAGAGCCGCCGCAUGCGGCAGGUUGCCGACCCCCGUUCUAGCAGGGAAUGAUGACGGUGAAAACUGUGAAAGUGAACCUCGUUUCUUUUGGGGGGGGGGCGGGGGGGGAAACAAAAAGAACGUCAUGGUGUUAAUAUUGUUGUGUUCAGUGUUUUUGUAUUUACUAAAAUCAUUACCACAUUGUUGGUGAUUUAUCGAAGCCUUCGUAAAGGGAAGGGUGCCAGUUGGCUCAAGUCUGUCGAUUUUUUUGUGGGUUUGAGGUAAUGGGUGGUAACCACGUGGGAAGUUUACAAUGCAAUGGUUAGCCUACGGAGAGACCGGCUUCCACCUUAAAAAUGUGGAAUUUUCACCACUGGCUCGGUUCCAGCAAUGGACACGAGCACCACACGGCACUCUUGUUGAGUAAGGAGAUUGCUUGGACUCUUUCUUUGUUAAUUCGUAGAGCGACAAUGUUUCGUCAAGUUGUAACACGUGUUGUUUGACUCCGUGGUAUGCGUUGGAUGCCCAGUAUUCGUGCCUGCACUUGCUCACACUCAGCCUUGCGUCCCCCUGCCUUGAUACUGGCAGCAAAUGAGCCAGGAGGGGAGGGGGAGGUCGGACUUCACUUGAACUCGACAAAUUUAACUUAGGAUCUGUACUGCAAGUAGUAACGGUGGCUGCCUGUAGCACAGGAAGCAAGACGUUGCAAUCGUGUCUUUCGGUGGGUCCACACCGAAACGAUGAGUUGAGCAACUUGUUUGCAUGCGAGUGCAUUCUUUUAUAGACGGAUGUCUGAAACCAGUUGCAAACAUUUUUGCAAACAGUUGUGCAACCGCUUGCUCACAGCAAAGACGGGACUCGUGAAAUCGGUCUGCUCAGCGACUUGGUAGCGGCGUGUUUCAUAACUUGCACAUUUGCAAACCACCAUUGUCGCAGUCCUGACCUGUGCGAGCGACGAAGCGAUGCUGGAAAGGGCGUUGCCGGACACUUGAGCCACCACGCGCCAGAUGUACAAAUCUAGAUUAGAUGUAGAGUUGUUUCGCAAAUACUCGCUCAGACGUGGACAAAGGGAUUACGUUUCACGAAUUCAAGAGCGGAUUUGGUUGUGUGACUGAUCGCUCGGGUGUGAACCUGCCUUGAUGUUCACGUCAUGUUUAUGAUUACGCUUUUUGAGAGUGAGCGGAUCGCAAGAGCCGCUCGUCGCUCAUCGGUGCCGACUGUCGCCCCAUGUGGCUGUCGAGUCGCAUGUGACCGUGUCGUCCCAUUCUCGAUUUGCGGGAUCCAGAAUGGGGCUACACAGUCGCAUGAAGAACCCACGUAAUAAGUCCAGAAACAAGCCACAAAUAAUGACGUAUGACUCCUGAACACGUAAUAAUGUAUGUAGAACUGUGUUCGCACCGUACGGAGUCAACCAUGCUCAUGGGAGGAACUCGUGAAUGGGGCUGUCAUCAACUCCGACAGACAACCAUCUUUGUUUAUAUUCGUUGGGUCCUUCGGUAAAGCCACGGAGAAAAAAACACAUUUUUGUUUACUUCAAAAAGCCUCGCCGAGUUUCAUGGCUUUUUGUAGGGGGGGGGGGGUCCUGCUAAGUUUUCUCAGUAGGGAGAGGGGGGAAUUUGGGGGGAUUGCCCCGUAAAUUUGAAUCGAGUCGUUUGUGGGGAAAUAUUUCAAAUGUGGAGCGUGGCGCCGGCACGCAAUGGCCGAUUCGUGCAAAUCACGUCACGUGAUCUCUUUUUGUGACGUCCACUGUUAAGUAGACGGCGCGCUUGUUGUGCUGAACACGCUGGCAGUAUGGACGAGGGCGGCCUGCUGGACCCGAACCGUUCAACCUCUGCCGCCAGACCGUGUCCCCACAUUCGAGUCACUUGAGUGCAUGCUCCUCGUGCCUUCGCACGCCGGCGUGGGUACCUCUUGUUGCGAUUACAUCGACUUUUUUUAAAGAUCCAGCUUUGGAGACGUACAAUGUGCCAGCUAGCCGCAGACUGUAAAAGGAUCAGAUUGUCAAAAUGUCAACAUUUCCUUCUGAUAAUUUACCUUCACUGUCGCUGGUGUCUAACGGAUGCUCAAUGCAAGGACAUAAUGUGACCAUUUACCUUUCUCUUAUGCGUUGGAUGUUCAGUGUUCGGUUCCUUCUGAUGGCCCGUCAGGUCUGAACCCAAAUUAAAUGUUAUUUUUAACUAUCCCUGAACAACAUUUUUAAACGGGCACAAUUUCUCGUGACGGGUUAUGGAGGAAACCUUUUCAUGUUUUUAAGCUUGUUGGACUGAUCAGUUUGUGACGUAAGUAUGAAAAUAACUUAUGCUUCAGAAAUUGUAUUUAUUUGUAUUGCUUGCUUUUUACUGAUGGAACACAACUGUAAAUAUUAAAAACAAUAAAACUUGCAACUCUGUCAUACAAACA